CUCCUCCCCUCAUCUCUACACCCGCCACAGUAUAAAACACAGACACACUCACCUCACCUCUCACACUCCUGAGCUGAGCACAUCACUGCACUCCAGAAGACUACCUGCUCCAAAGCCAACCACCAGCAUCCAGCAACAUGCCGGUCAACUUGGCCAUUGAUACUCCUUUGGAACCGGGCAACAAACUACAGAUAUGUGGCAUCAUUCCUCAGGAAGCUAGAGUCAUUGACAUAGGACUGGGCAGCAGUUGGAAUGACUUGUCAUUGUGCAUGAUCAUUCGCUUUCAUGACGGCACAGUGGGAUUCAACACCAGAGCGGAUGGGAAAUGGGGCGAGGAAAUUGUACAUUCCAACCCUUACAAGCAGGGCGGCAAGUUUGAGGUCACUGUGGACUACACUGAGCAAAACUUCGUAGUCAUGAUGGAAGGGAAAACGCUGACUAUACCUAACCGCUUGAACACUGUCAAGACAAAGCUGAUCUUGGUGAAAGGCGACCUGGAGCUCCACCACUUCACUUUGAACCCCAAGGCUUUCCCUCCGGACCAGGGCAACAAACUACACAUCUCUGGCAUCAUCACUCAGGAUGCCUACCGCAUUCAAGUGGGACUGGUCGGUGAACUGGGCUGUGACAGCGAAAACUUCUCAUUCUACAUGGACUUUCGCUUCCAUAACGACACAGUGGUCUUCAACACCAGUAAGGAUGGACAUUGGGGCGAGCAGAUUAUACAUCCCAACCCUUACAAGCAGGGCGACAAGUUGGAGGUCACUGUGGACUGCACUGAGGACAACUUUGUAGUCAUGAUGGAAGGGAAAAAGCUGACUAUACCUAACCGCUUGAACACUGUCAAGAUAAAGCAGAUCAUGGUGACAGGCGAUCUGGAACUCCACCGCUGCACUGUGGAACCCCAGCUGAAGGCUGUCUAUUGGAUCACUAAGACCCCUGUGUACCGGGGCAACAAACUACAGAUCUCUGGCGCCAUCCCCCGGGGUGCAAACUGCAUUCAAGUGGGACUGGGCAGUGAACUGGAAUGUGACAACGAAAACUUGUCAUUCUACAUGGACUUUCGCUUCCAUAGCGACACCGUGGUCUUCAACACCAGAGAGGAUGGAUAUUGGGGCGAGGAAAUGAUACAUCCCAACCCUUACAAGCAGGGCGGCAAGUUGGAGGUCACUGUGGACUACACUGGACCAAACUACGUAGUCAUGAUGGAAGGGAAACUGCUGACUAUACCUAACCGCUUGAACAAUGUCGAGAUAAAGCAGAUCAUGGUGAAAAACGAUCUGGAACUCCACUGCCUCACUUUGGAACCCCCUCCAACUAGGUCGGCCAUCUCUGAGGACAGCAGUUCUUGUUACCUAAAGGCCUCCACAUAGCUAGUUAGGCUGUGGCCAUGUUACAUGUAUUAUGGCUAAAAUGUAACCUCUAAUAAUAAUCAGUGAAAAUAAAUAUAUUGUC